AUGUCAACAAUUACAACAGCAUCUCGAGCUAAAACUGAAGUAUCAUCUCGUAAUAUUGACUAUGUUGGUUUUGCCAAUUUUCCUAACCAGGUGUUUAGAAGAUGCAUAAAAAAUGGAUUUGAGUUCUCUCUGAUGGUUGUUGGUCAGUCUGGUUUGGGUAAAUCAACUUUUUUGAAUACACUUUUCAUGGCUGAACUUCACGAUCUGAAGAACGACAAAUCUUUAGAGAUCAAAUCAACAGUGAGUAUUGAGAGCAAAACUUUUAGACUUUCCGAGAAUGAUGUUCGAUUGAAGAUUACUGUUGUGGACACGCCUGGAUUUGGAGACUUUCCUAUAGUUAAAUACAUUGAUGAUCGCUUUGCUGAUUAUUUGGCAGAAGAGACAAAAAUUGACCGAUCUUCCAAAAUUGAAGAUAAACGUGUUCAUCUGUGUAUUUACUUUAUUCCACCUACUGGACAUGGCCUCAAGCAAUUAGAUAUAGCUUUUAUGCAAGCUCUUCAAGAUCGUGUUAACAUAAUUCCAGUUAUUGCCAAAGCAGAUACACUUACUCCUACUGAACUUGGACGUUUUAAACAACAUAUAAUGGAAGACAUGAAUAAGAACAAUAUUUCACUUUACAAGUUACCAGAUUUUGAUUGUGAACAACAGCAAUCGAUUGUUAAUGGUUGUAGUGUUUUACCAACAAAUGGUAAAUCUCAAUCACAUCAAAAUACUACCAAACUUGAAUCAUCUAAACGAUUUCCAUUUGCAAUUAUCGGAUCUACACACGUCAAAGAAGUUUUGGUUGGUGGUGAACAUCGUGCUACUAAGCAAAGGGUUCGAGUUCGUGAAUACCCUUGGGGUAUAGUGGAAGUGGACAAUUUGGGGCAUAACGACUUUGUUGCUCUUCGUGAUAUGAUUAUUCGAAAUAAUUUGAUUGAUCUUAUCGAGGUAACUAAAUGUGUACAUUAUGAGAAUUAUCGAAUGCGUAAUUUACCUCAAAGCAGUUUUGACGAUGAUCCUUUCACGCAAUUGGAAAAGGAAAUUUCUACACGACAAAUUGAAUCUGAAGAUACACGACGAAAGAGACAAGCUCUUUUCAGUGAAGGUGUCGCUGUUCGAGAGCGUCGACUUAUGGAGAGGGCUUUGGCUAUGGAUAAUGAGGAGAAAGAAAAUCGUAAGAUACUCGAGGAGAAACGUGAGUUGUUUGACAAGCUUAAGAAAGAAAUAGACAUGAAAUAGACUGAUAGACUUUUCUAAAAAACAUAUUCGAAAAUCUUGAUUGUACACUUCUACAUUGA